AUGGUUAGUCUUGCUUCUUGGAAUAUAAGGGGGUUGAACCGCCCUCUGAAACAAAUGGAGGUUCGUCAGAUUGUAAAGGAUUCAAAUUUAAGUUUAUGUGCUAUUUUGGAAUCUCAUGUCGGUAUUGAUAAGCUGGGAAAGGUUUGUAAGUCGGUUUUCCGUUCGUGGGAUUGGACUUCCAAUGGUGCUUGUUGUAAUAAGGGUACCAGAAUUAUUGUUGGUUGGAAUCCAGGUAUCUUCGAUGUUAUGGUUCUUUUUCAGUCCUCCCAAGUUAUGCAUCUCCAGAUUUAUUUCAAGUUAGAUAGGAGAAUUAUUUUCUGUUCGAUAGUAUAUGCGGCCAAUUAUUAUGUCACGCGUAGAGAAUUAUGGCGUCAUUUAACCAUGCAUAAAGCGGCUGUCGGUAAUAAUCCUUGGGUUAUUUUUGGAGACUUUAAUUCAGCUUUGAACAUGGAGGAUAAUUCUAUGGGGUCCUCAUCCGUUUCAGUUGGAAUGAAAGAAUUUCGGGAUUGUGUUGACUCGAUGGAGAUGUUCGAUAUUAAUAAAUCUGGUCUUCACUUUACGUGGAGUCAGAAGCCGAAGGAGGGAACUGGUUUGUUGAAAAAGAUUGAUCGCAUUCUAGGAAAUACACCGUUUGUCACGGCCUACCCGAAUUCUGUUGCUAUUUUUCACCCGUAUAGAAUUUCCGAUCACUGCCCGUGUAUUCUAAAAAUCCCAGAAGCUGGUAAGCUAGUGGAUGGAGUUUUCCAGUUUCAAGUUGUUAAACGGCUCCGCCUGCUUAAAAGUCCUUUUCGAGCUCUUUUGUACAAACAAGGUAAUCUUCAUAAGAAAGUGGAGGCGCUUCGUGCAAGUCUAGAUAUUAUUCAGCAACGUAUUGAUUUGGAUCCAUUUAAUUCGGAUCUCCGGGCUGAAGAAGCUGGGCUGAACCGUGAUUUUCAGGCUGCUGCUCUUGAUGAGGAGCGAUUUCUUAAGCAAAAAUCCAAAGUGGAUUGGUUGACAGCUGGGGAUAUGAAUUCAGCUUAUUUUCACUCGUCCUUGAAGGUUCGGAAUCAUUAUAGCCGUAUUGACAUUAUUACGGAUUCUCAAGGGGUUGUCCAUGAAAAUGAUGCUGUUCCUCAUGCUUUUGUUUCUCACUAUGAAAAUUUCUUGGGGUCCCAAGGUGAUAUUUUGUUGGAAUUUCCGUGUAACUUUUAG